AAUGAACAACUGAGUCCGAGUUGUGUAAUAACGGAACCGAUGUCAGGCCGUCAUCUGAGGAUGUAUUUCGGGUGCUGGGAUCGUCAAAUUCGUUGAACUACUUAAGAAGGAUUUUUGCAACAAACUGCGGCGUGCUCAGUACCGGCUGCUCGUAAAUGCUGGAUAUAAUUACACGGAAUAAAACAUGCACGAAAAGAAACAAGGAGCGGACCAUGGUCGGAGCAGUUUGCUUACACGUGAACUAUAGCUGUUCUUUCGGCGAAAUCCGGAACGAGCCGGUGACAAAAUUUGACAACGCCUGCAAACGACUUACUUUUAACCUCCAACUUGACACUCCUUGUCAACCCUCCCCUCAGGGAAUCAAGCCCCCUAGACUUUGUAUUUAAACUCUUUUCUUCAUGUCUGUUCCUACGAAAUGGGACGCCAGGUACCUCGGACCUGUGCCUCAUGAUACCUCCUACUACGCCAAGUGUAUGCUUGGUGGUGCCCUCGCUUGUGGUUUCACCCACGCAGGUAUCACUCCUCUGGAUGUUGCUAAAUGUAACAUGCAGGUUAACCCUCAAAAAUAUUCUGGAACGGCUGCUAGUUUAAAACUUCUUCUGAAGGAAGAGGGUUCUCGUGGUAUCUGGAAAGGGUUGGGCCCUACCUUUGUAGGCUACUCACUCCAGGGAAUGUUCAAGUACGGUCUGUACGAGGUCUUCAAAGACACCUACAUGAACGCCGCUGGCCCAGAUAUCUCUGAAAAAUACAAGGGUGCGAUCUGGCUUGCUGGUUCUGCCUCGGCGGAAGUAUUCGCCGACAUCGCUCUAUGUCCUUUGGAAAUGACGAAAGUCAAGAUUCAAACCAGUCCUACUGGCACGUUCCCCAUUCCCUUUGCCACUGCACUUUCGGAGAUGAACAAGUUGAAGGUUGAGACCCGCUUCCCCUUCGGUUCUCUUGUCCCUCUCUGGUCCCGUCAGAUCCCUUAUACCAUGGCGAAGUUCUUUUUCUUCGAGAAGAUCGCUCAGUUAUUCUACACGCACGUGUUUACCAAUCCCAAGGAAACUUAUAGCAAGACUACGCAGCUCGGUAUCACUUUCGCUUCUGGUUACAUCGCCGGUGUUGUUUGCGCCAUCGUUUCGCACCCCGCUGACUCUCUAGUGUCACUCCUCGGAAAGGCUGAAAACAAGGGCAAAUCUGUUGGAACAAUUGCCGGUGAGGUUGGCUUCGCAACUUUGGCUACAAAGGGUCUCAGCACUAGGGUAGUCAUGAUCGGUACACUCACUGGUUUCCAAUGGUGGAUCUACGAUACUUUCAAGUCCACCAUGGGUAUGGGCACCACUGGUGGAAAGUAA